AUGCGCUCCCUCGUCUUCCUCGCCGGCCUCUUGGGUUCGGCCUUGGCCGCCCCCUACACACACAUGGGCAGUCUGCGCCGUAACGACGUGCCCAAGAACGAGUACACCCGGAUCGACAUGUCCCUGCCUGACAAGGUCGUCGUGACUCGGAACAACACGCUAAACAGCACCGAGCCCAUGGACAACGCCUUUUCCAUCCAGGCUCAGGAGGUGCCCAUUUCCCAGAGCCUCCGCCUCUCGCUGGUCAACAACAUUGGAGGCGACGGCCUCGUUUGCUACCUGUCCGCCGCCGACUCUGACGGCCGCGUCUUCUUCCUCAAGGAGGACGGCAGCCUCUACUAUCCGAGCUCGGGCGGCUCUGCCGUGCCCGUCCUGAUCACCGAGCCAGUCGCCAUCACCAUGCCACCGCUGGGCCAGUCUCUCGACAUCACCGUCCCCGUCGCCUUCUCCUCCGGUCGCAUCUACUUCUCCCAGGGGGGUCUCGAGUUUUCCAUUGUCGGCAUCGGCGGUGGGAACGAGGGUCUCGUCCAGCCCUCGGUCAACAACCUCCAGGACCCCUCGCGCAACCUGAACUGGGGCUUUGUCGAGCUCACGAUGACGACCAAGGGUGAGAUCUGGGCCAACAUCUCCUACGUCGACUUUAUCGGCAUCAUCAUGUCCAUGACCCUGCGCAACGCGGACGGCAGCAUCGACGAGGUGGUCGGGCUCCCUGGCGAUGGCGUGCGCCGCGUCUGCGAGGCGCUCAAGGCCCAGGGCGACAGGGACGGCCGCCCAUGGGCCGCCAUGUGCAUCGCCGACGAGGCUGGCAACCCGCUCCGCGUGCUGUCGCCCGAGGACUACGAGACGGUCGGGCCCGGGGGCUUUGACGACUACUUUGACGCCUACGUCGACGAGGUCUGGGACCUGUACCGCACGCAGCCCCUGACGGUCGACACGCAGAACGAUGCCCUCGGCAACGCGGGCGACGUUGUCUGCCAGGUCGAAGGCGAGGAGCUCCAGUGCAAAGGCGACAACCGCGGCUACGCCAAGCCGACGGUGCACGACAUCUGGGGCUGCAACAGCGGACCGUUCGGCAUCCGGGAGGGCGACAACGCGGUGCACUACGCCGUCGUGCCGCGCCUCUGCGCCGCCUUUCAGCGCGCCACGUACACCAUCCCCGGCGGCGACCACCAGCCCGGUGUCGGCGCGGACCAGUACUACACCGUGGAUCCGGCGAGCCACUACAGCCGCAUCGUCCACGAGAACGAGGUCGACGGCAAGGGCUACGCCUUUCCCUAUGACGAUGUCAACCCGGACGGCGCCCCGGACGCGGCGGGUCUCGUCACCUCGGGCAACCACGAGGUGCUCGUCUUUUACGUCGGCGGUGCGCAGCCGUCAUGA